AUGGCAAACGACUUUGGUCUCAACGUCACCAUGGCCUCGGGUGAGACAAUAAAUCUCAAAAUUCAGUUUGGAGGAGGAGCAGAACUUCUAUUUGGGAAUAUUCGGUCCCAUGAAGUCUCGAUACCAGCAAUUGCAGCUGCCACUCCGAGUGGAUCCAAGCAAGCAGACCGGCCAUCAGAUAUUACUUUCCUGAUUCAAUGGAUGAAAGAUAACAUGCUAAAGGAACGAGAGGGACUAUUUGUUGAAGGCGAGACAGUUCGACCAGGAAUACUCGUAUUAAUCAAUGAUACGGAUUGGGAGCUCGAGGGAGAGGGCGACUAUAUACUUCAGCCAAAAGACGAGAUAGUCUUUAUCAGUACUCUCCACGGCGGUUGA